UGAAACUGCCCCGCGAUCGAUGAGCUGAUGGAAGGCGGCGAAGACAUAACGGAAUUAUUAUUUAAGAGAAAAGUUGGAUUUCAAAUCAAGUCCCUGAAAGAUUCACAUUGGAUCCAUUUGACCGUAACAUCUCCACAUUCUCAUAUUCUAUCAUCAAGCAGAAGUUGACAUUGCUUCUAUCCAACAAACAUCUUGCUCAUCGAGUCAUCUCGUCCAUCUGUCUGAAUCAAGGCUUGUUAGUUGGUUGGCUGGCUGAUGCCUCCUAUCCCCAAAUUCAGCUUCACAAAACCCAUUGCAUACAGUCUCAGUGGCAUCGCCCUCUUAGCAUCUGCAGGCGCAUACACAUAUCGACGGCAGCUUCUCCAUCUGCAACAACAGCAACAGCAGCGAUCCCAGUCGCCAAUAUUCCCAGGAAAUAAAAGUCCCAACUCACCAAUAGUCUCAGCGGCAACCGCAUCUUCUUUAAAAAUGGCCGUUACAACCCCUUUUCAGACUCUCUUCGCAGUGCCCAUGCAUUGUGAAAGUUGCGCCAAAGACAUUUCGCAAGCCUUGUUCAAAGUAUCCGGCAUCACAAAGGUUGAACCAGACGUCAAGGAGCAGCUGGUGACAAUUGAAGGAACCGCACCACCAUCAGCCAUCGUCGAUGCCAUUCAAGCCACCGGACGUGAUGCCAUCCUCCGCGGUUCAGGAGCUUCAAACAGCGCGGCAGUAAGCAUCCUAGAAACCUACUACCGCCGCUCCGUCCAAGAAGCCGCCGCCUCCGCCUCAGCCAGUAAGCCAGCCGGCAGCUGGAUCAACCAACGCCUCGUCCGCGGCCUCGCCAGGAUGGUCCAAGUAAGCCCCACAGAAACAGUCGUCGACCUCACCAUCCGCGGCCUCUCACCAGGAAAAUACCGGGCCACCAUCCGCGCCUACGGAAACCUCCAGGACGGGGUCACCUCUGCGGGCCCCAUCUGGAGCGGGACCACCACCACAACAACUGCUGACAGCGAAACAAAACCCACCACCCCUCGUGGAAUCCUGGGUACGGUAGAGAUAGGAUCAGACGGACGGGGAACCGUCUUCCUCAACCACCCCUUCCAGGUGUGGGAGGUCAUCGGCCACGCUCUGGUUAUCUCACCCAAUGACGAGAGCGACGAGGGGAAGCCCCUGACCAAUGAUGAGAACACCGUGGUUGGGAUCAUCGCGAGGAGUGCCGGGGUUUGGGAUAAUGAUAAGACUGUUUGCUCCUGCACGGGGAAGACCUUGUGGGAGGAAAGGAAGGAUGAGGUAUCAAAAGGGAUGCUGUGAUUGAGAAGGCCCUUGGAUGGGAAGGGGGGGCUUGUUUCGAAAGGGGGAGUGAUAUUUCUGCCAAGAGAUAUGGAUCUUGUUGUAAAACAAUUAAGCUUACUUUUUGAACGAAAAUGGGGAUUCUUUACUAUGGCGAAUGUCGUCUCUUCUGGUCCUGGAGGCUGGAUAAAGACAGGUCAGGGUUGAUAGGCGAUAGUGGUGAGACUUGAGGUGGCCGCCACAAGGAGGCGGCCUGGUUUCAUCAAACACGCAAAAU